AUUGCUGGCAUUGGUCACACACGUUACUCUACUGCCGGCUUAAAGAACAGCAUUAACUGUGUUCAGCCAUUUGUUGUCUACACAAAUGCAGGUGUUGUAGCAGUGGCACAUAAUGGUGAACUGGUCAAAGCUGAAGCUAUUCGUUCGAAGGUGCUGAAAUCUGGUGUGGGUUUGUCCACAGAUACAGACAGUGAGCUUAUUGCACAGUUUAUUGCAUCAGCCGAUGAACUGCCCGAUGGAUCACCGUCUUCUUGGAUCUCCAGGAUUCGUUACAUGAUGAAAAAUGUCACUUGUUCUUACUCCCUGAUUGUGAUGGUGCGAGAUCGCAUUUUCGCGGUACGAGAUCCUUGGGGAAAUCGACCACUUUGUAUUGGAACUUUGCGAGACGGAGAUAAAACAUCUGCUUGGUUCGUCUCUUCGGAGUCAUGUGCUUUUCCGGCCGUUGGUGCUACGCUGCUGCGCACUGUACAUCCAGGUGAAAUCGUGGAGCUAACAUCGUCAGGCAUAGGCGAAAGCAUUUUAGUGGAGAGGCCGAGCACUCAGCCGGCUGUCUUCUGCAUCUUCGAAUAUAUUUACUUUUCGCGCGCCGAUUCAGUUCUAGAAGACCAGCAAGUUUAUCGAGUCAGGUUUCGUUGUGGUGAGCAGUUGGCAUUGGAAAGCCCCGUCGAUGCUGAAAUUGUUAGCACGGUUCCGACUAGCGCAAUCCCGGCAGCUCUUGGAUACUCUAAACAAGUUAGUAACUGAAU